AUGCUGAGAUGCUCAGAGUACCCAGAGAACUCCCAGAGCUCUCGCAGCAAAACUCUUACAUCAGCCAUAGUCACCAUAUGCGUUGGCCCGGAGCGACGCCUUUUCGCUGCCCAUGAGGAAAUACUAGCCAUGUCGCCUUUUUUCUCGGCCAGUUGCCGUGGCCAGAUUCCCGAGGCAGGAAACAAGACAAUACACUUGCCAAACGAACAAGCCGAAGUGCUCUCCUCCAUCCUCGAAUAUCUAUACAAAGGAGACUAUUUUCCUCGCUUAGUAUACAAUAAGCGAAGGAAUAUCUGGGACUUGGAGAGUGCGGUUGAUGCGAACGGUGCCCUAGUACCCGCUGAAUCGACAAUUCUCAUAGACCGGACUCCCGUACUGAAAGACACAGCAAUAUAUUGUGCAGCCGAGCGCUACGGUCUCUCCGACCUCAAGCGUCUUUCUCUCCGAAAACAAGGACUCCAGUCUGCUAUCCAGUGCAGCACCAUCCUCUCCAGCGCACGCUAUGCCUACGCCAACACACCUGAUAACGACUCCAAGCUCCGCGCUCACUAUCUGGCCUUAAUAAUCCGAAGUCGAUCGACAUUCAAAAGAAGUGGAACAAUGCAGAUGGAAAUGGAGGCUGGUGGGAAGCUAUUUUUUGACUUGUUUGUUGCAAUGUGCAACCACAUGGACGACAUUUCCCCUCCAUCAAAACCCCAGUUGUUCCGUUAA